AAACUUAAUAUUCAAAGUGUUAGACGGAUUAUUUUACUUCUAUGAGAGCAACUUGUUGAUUAUAAAAACCUGUCCUUUUUUCAGACAUGAAUCACAAAUUCCCUCUGACUUCUAAAUUGUUGAACAAUAUUGGCAAUCAUUUGCAUUGCGCACUUUCCGAUUGUUUCUUUGGCGAGUCAUGGAUUUGGAGAAGGAACAAGAGUUAGAGUGGCUUGAAGCGCAAAAGAUUGGGAUAAGUGUAGAUCUCGUGGCUGCAGCAAAACACCAGCUUCAGUUUCUUGCUGCCGUUGAUAAGACCCGCUGCCUCUAUGAAGGCCCUGCCCUUCUGAGGGCUAUCUAUAGGUACAAUGCUUGUUGGCUUCCAUUGCUUGCCAAACAGUCUGAGUCACAGAUUUCUGAAGGGUUUCUUGUUGUUCCUCUUGAUUGUGAGUGGAUUUGGCACUGUCACAGACUCAACCCUAUUAGAUACAAAACUGAUUGUGAGGAACUAUAUGGGAAGGUCCUUGACAGCUCCAAUGUUUUAUCCUCUGUUCGAGGUACCUGUAGAAAAGAAAGUGAAGAAAUGUGGAAUAGAUUGUAUCCAGAUGAACCCUAUGACUUGGACUUGACAAAAGCACGUUUGGAGGAUUCCUCAACCAAACUUUCUAGACUUGAAAAAUACACAAAAUAUGACUUAGUUUCAGCUGUCAGAAGACAGAGUCCUUUCUUUUAUCAGGUAUCCAGAUCCCAUAUGAAUAAUGAUAUCUUUCUUGAAGAAGCACUGGCCAGGUAUAAGGGAUUUCUGCAUCUGAUUAAGAUAAACAAGGAGAGGUCAAUUAAAAGCUUUUCUGUUCCAACUUACGACAUUGAUCUAAUUUGGCAUACACAUCAGUUGCAUCCUGUUUCAUACUGUAUGGAUCUGACUGUGGUGAUGGGUGAGGUGUUGGAGCAUGAUGACAUGGACCAAGAUAGAACUAAAGGAAAGAAGCUUGACACUGGGUUUUCUACAACUACUAAGCGAUGGGAAGAGAAAUUUGGUCUAAGGUAUUGGAAAGCUGGGGCAAUGUAUAGGGGGAUUGCUCCUUCUCCCCUCACAACGGUUCCCAUCUCAUCUAACAUUGUCAGCAGGGAGGUAAUUCCAUCAAAAGGGUACCAGAAGAUAAUUGAUCUUCCAGAGGUGAAGGUCGUGGAGGUUUUUCUGGAGAUUGUUGCAGUCAAAAACUUACCAGAGGGUCAUAAGGGAAGCCUUUUUGUCUUGUUUAGCAUAUCACAACCUGAUGUUUUCUUUAAUGCCAAGCAAAAACUCUCUAUUUUGUCCCAGUCCUGGGAGAAACAAGUUGCUUCUUUCCAGUGUGAACCUACAGGAGAACUUUUGUUUGAACUUGUAUCUCAUUCACCUUCUAAGAUACCAGUAGCAGGGGCAUCAAAAGUUAUGGGUACUACUUCACUCCCUCUACAAAACUUCCUGGAUCCAGUAACUAAACUUGGAGAGGAAAAAUGGUUUGACCUGAAGCCCACUUCUGGAACCAUGAAUUCAGAGCCAGUCAGUCUUCGCAUUUCUGUCUCAUUCACUGUGCCAACCCUGGCACCUCGUGUGCUUCACAUGGUUCGUUCCCGGCCAUUAUCAAAAAUUUCUUGUUUUUUCCCUAUUCCUGCAAGGAUUCAACAUGUAAAGAGCUGGGCCUGUGUCAAUGAUGAGACUCAUUCUGAGGUGAUCAGACUUCAGAUGAGGGACUCCAACAAUGAGAAGGCAAAAGAUAACAGCACUCAAAGAAAGCAAGUCAUUGGCAUUACAGAAUCAGGUGAAACACGUCCACUUGCAGAGAUGGUUGAGACUGGGUGGUCUUUUAUGGAUUCUCACUGCUGUCUUCGGCUUAAAAAGAAAUCCAGUGAAGAAUAUCAUCAUAUCUUUGAGCUCACAGGCAAUAGAAUGAUAAAAAUGUUCAAGGGCAGGAAGCUGGACUAUGAAUCUAAAUAUUAUGAGAAGAAGAGAACUGAAGAUGAUUUUAUGACUGCAGUUGAAUUUUCUGCAGAAGAUCCAUAUGGCACAGCAAUUGCAUUGCUUGAUCUGAAAACUGGAGUCAUUAAGGUAAAGGAAGAAUGGUUUGUGUUGCCUGCAAUCAUAUCAGCUUUUAUACUUUCUAAUGCUCUUCAGAAGAAUAGAUACAAUGGUUUUGCUGCUCCUAAUGAAAAUCUGGAGGUGAAUGGUGAAAUUGAAUGUGUCAAUAGUCUCUAUGAGGAGGGCGUGCAUACCAAUAUGACAGCUUCUGUUGAAACUGAAGCAAUGGAUGAGGCUAACAUGGUGCAGAACAGUGGUGAAAGCAUGGUGACUAGUGGGGGUUGUGGUGGUGGCUGUGGAGGAGGUUGUGGUGGGGGAUGCAGAAACAUGGUGAAGAGUAGUGGUUGUGCGGGGGAUGCGGAAACAUGGUGAAGAGUAGUGGGUGUGACAGUAGCUGUGGAGGUGGUUGUGAUGGUAAACUUACAUUUGAAAGCAAAGUUGAUAAUUUCUGCAUAGAUGAACCGCCACAUAACACAGCCAUAUACACAAACGAGGCAGUAGUUGUUUGAUCUCUAUGCAUAUUGGAACACUUGCCAGAAGUCAAGACAUGUUAAUAAAACCGCUGUCAAGGUUGGUGUUAACUUAUUUGUUCAGUUCUUCUCAUGGCAAAGUAAAGAUUUCAGCAAAUAAAGAAGUUUGUUUUGUGAGUACUGACUCUGCGGAUUGAAGGCGCGAGUAUAUACAGAUUGAGACAUCAUAUGAUGAAGAAUAAAACUACAUAUAUAAAUAAAUUGUACAAAUUUAUCUAUACAAAUUGAGAUGUCAAUUUAUAAUUGAGUGAUGUGAUUAUAUACUUUUUCUUUCAUUUCAAAUCACCAAAUCAGAUGUUAUCAUUUUAGUUUAUACAAAUAAAUUUAUACCAUUUGUUUUCAUAUACAGUAAUGAUGAAAUGUACGUCCAGCUUGAUUGUAAUAAUAGUUUGGUUCUUUUA